UACUCAAUGAUGUCGCUCAAAGUGAAAAAGAAUAUGAUCCUUUUGCGGAUAGACGACGACCCACCAUAGCUGAUCGAGAAGAUGAAUAUCGUCAAAAACGCCGUCGUAUGAUUAUCUCACCUGAACGAGUUGAUCCAUUUGCCGAAGGUUAGUAUGAACUUUAAUUAAUAAUAAUGUUAUGCUAGGAUUGUAACAGGUAAUCAUUGUUUACUAUCAUUAUUUGAGUUUAAAUGUUCUAUUAUUUUUUAAAUAGUACACUCGCUAAUAUCAUGCUUUGAUAGUUGAAUUCCGGCAUUUAUUAAUACGUCAAUUAUAUCUUGGAGCGAUUGAGUGAAGAAUGAAUGAGGAAAAUAUUUUAUAAUACAUACUAAUGUAUUACUUUUUUUCCAAUCAUAGUGAUGGUCAACACAUGUGGAAUCCUCCGCUUUCCCAGGAUAUUUUGUCGAAGGUUAAAACCGACAUUGAAUUAUAGUUAUUUUGCGACAAAGCUUGCUCACAAAAUAACAUUAGACUUUCCAUAUAUUUAUAUAGAUAUGUACUAUUCGUUUCAUUUAUCUUUUUUGAAAUUUUUAUUCAAUUAUCAAUCAUAGAGGAAAGUUUGGUAGAUUCAUUGCAAGCUUUGUGCGUUACUUCAGACAUUCAGUUGACUAGUAUGAGUGGUUUUGAAUGCAAAUAUUAUUAAUAACGAGAAUGAGUUGAUUUUUAGAUGGCUAAAGUAUUUAUCAAUGUGGAAGACAUGAGCAGGACAGUGCUCCCUGUGGCCAUUAAUCCUCACGUGGUAAAACUCCAGAUGUUGGUUCCCGAACUUAUACAGAAAUUAUGCGAGAGCAGAUGCUUAAAGGAGAAGAAUCUGAGUUGAGAAAGAAAAUUAUUGAAAAAACGAAAGAUGGAACUCUUAAAUCAAAUGGUGAACCAAAAGCAGCACCAAAAAAACGUGGUCGAUGGGAUCAGACCGAUGAUACUCCAGUUGCAAAAAAAGCUGCAGGAACCGCUGCUACUCCGACUUCGUGGGAUAAUACUGACGUAACACCAGCAGCUGUAAGAUGGGAUGAAACUCCAGGUCAUGGGAAAGGAGGUGAGACUCCUGGAGCAACUCCUGGCGUCAGUACGAGAAUGUGGGACGCAACCCCAGGUCAUGCUACUCCUGGAGCGGUAACGCCCGGUAGAGAAACGCCGUCACAUGAUAAAGUUAUUUCAAGUCGAAGGAAUCGGUGGGAUGAAACUCCGAAAACUGAAAGAGAAACUCCAGGACACAAUAGUGGCUGGGCAGAAACUCCUCGCACUGAUCGUGUAGCUGGUGAUCUUAUUCAAGAAACUCCAACACCUUCAGCAUCAAAACGUCGAAGUAGAUGGGAUGAAACACCAUCGAAUCAAACGCCUGGUUCAAUGACACCACAAACACCAGCUACACCGUUGACAACACCUCAUCAAACAACCAUUAUGACUCCCAGUGCAGUAACACCUACUGGACCUAAGGCUAUGGGUUUAGCUACACCUACUCCCAACCAUUUAAUGUCUAUGACACCAGAGCAACUUCAAGCUUACCGUUGGGAACGUGAAAUUGAUGAGAGAAAUCGACCACUCUCUGAUGAUGAAUUAGAUGCGCUUUUCCCUCCUGGAUAUAAAGUGCUUCAACCUCCAGCCGGUUAUAUACCCAUUCGUACGCCAGCAAGAAAACUCACAGCAACACCAACUCCUAUAGCUGGUACACCUCAAGGAUUUUUCAUUCAGACUGAAGAUAAAAGUGCGAAAUUUGUUGAUAAUCAGCCUAAAGGAAACUUACCGUUCAUGAAGCCCGAAGAUGCUCAGUAUUUUGACAAACUACUUGUAGAUGUAGACGAGGAAUCCCUUAGUCCAGAAGAGCAGAAAGAACGAAAGAUUAUGAAGCUACUUCUUAAAAUAAAAAAUGGUACACCACCGAUGAGAAAAGCAGCUUUAAGACAGAUUACAGAUAAAGCACGAGAAUUCGGUGCCGGACCACUUUUUAAUCAGAUUUUGCCUCUUUUGAUGUCGCCAACAUUAGAAGAUCAAGAACGGCAUCUACUGGUUAAAGUAAUUGAUCGUAUUUUGUACAAAUUAGAUGAUUUAGUACGACCAUACGUUCACAAAAUUCUUGUAGUAAUUGAACCUUUAUUAAUCGAUGAAGAUUAUUAUGCUCGUGUUGAAGGUCGAGAAAUUAUUUCCAAUCUUGCAAAAGCAGCGGGUUUAGCUACUAUGAUUUCAACAAUGAGACCAGAUAUCGACAAUAUUGAUGAAUAUGUGAGAAAUACUACUGCUAGAGCUUUUGCAGUCGUUGCAUCUGCUCUUGGUAUACCUUCACUAUUGCCAUUCUUAAAAGCUGUAUGUAGGAGUAAAAAAUCCUGGCAAGCAAGACAUACUGGUAUCAAAAUAGUACAACAAAUUGCUAUUCUUAUGGGUUGUGCUAUUUUGCCUCAUUUAAAAAGUCUUGUAGAAAUCAUUGAACAUGGUCUGGUAGAUGAACAACAAAAGGUCAGAACAAUUACGGCAUUGGCUAUUGCUGCUCUAGCUGAAGCAGCUACACCUUAUGGUAUCGAGAGCUUCGAUUCUGUUUUGAAACCACUUUGGAAAGGUAUUCGAACUCAUCGUGGUAAAGGUUUGGCUGCUUUUCUCAAAGCUAUUGGAUAUUUGAUUCCUUUGAUGGAUGCUGAAUAUGCAAAUUAUUACACUCGAGAAGUAAUGUUGAUUCUUAUCCGAGAAUUUCAAUCUCCCGAUGAGGAAAUGAAAAAGAUAGUAUUGAAAGUAGUCAAGCAAUGUUGUGGAACUGAUGGUGUAGAGGCUCAAUAUAUUAAAGAUGAAAUAUUACCCCCAUUCUUCAAACAUUUCUGGAAUCACCGAAUGGCUCUUGAUCGGAGAAAUUACCGACAAUUAGUUGACACAACUGUAGAAAUUGCAAACAAAGUAGGUGCCUCAGAAAUCAUUAAUCGAGUUGUUGAUGAUUUGAAGGAUGAAAAUGAACAAUACAGAAAAAUGGUUAUGGAAACGAUUGAGAAGAUAAUGGGAAAUUUAGGAGCAGCUGAUGUUGAUUCACGACUAGAAGAACAGUUGAUUGAUGGUAUAUUAUAUGCUUUUCAAGAACAGACGACUGAAGAUGUUGUAAUGUUGAAUGGUUUCGGUACAAUCGUUAAUACACUUGGAAAACGAGUUAAAGCUUAUCUUCCACAGAUUUGUGGUACCAUUCUAUGGAGGCUAAACAAUAAAUCAGCUAAAGUUAGACAACAAGCUGCUGAUUUAAUAUCCCGCAUUGCUGUUGUGAUGAAAACUUGUCAAGAAGAAAAACUCAUGGGCCAUUUAGGUGUUGUUCUUUACGAAUAUCUUGGUGAAGAAUAUCCUGAAGUACUUGGUAGCAUCCUUGGAGCUCUUAAAGCUAUUGUAAAUGUUAUUGGAAUGACUAAAAUGACUCCACCAAUUAAAGAUCUAUUACCACGACUCACACCAAUUCUCAAAAACAGACAUGAAAAAGUUCAAGAAAAUUGUAUUGAUCUUGUUGGAAGGAUAGCUGAUCGUGGCCCAGAAUACGUUUCUGCUAGGGAAUGGAUGAGAAUUUGUUUCGAAUUGUUAGAACUUUUAAAGGCACAUAAAAAAGCUAUUAGACGAGCUACUGUCAAUACGUUUGGUUACAUUGCUAAGGCAAUUGGUCCCCAUGAUGUUCUAGCAACUCUAUUGAAUAAUCUUAAAGUUCAAGAACGUCAAAAUCGUGUCUGUACUACUGUCGCUAUUGCUAUUGUCGCAGAAACUUGCAGUCCAUUCACUGUUCUCCCGGCUCUCAUGAAUGAAUAUAGAGUUCCCGAGUUAAACGUUCAAAAUGGUGUCCUUAAAUCUUUAUCAUUUUUAUUUGAGUAUAUUGGAGAAAUGGGAAAGGAUUAUAUUUAUGCUGUAAGUCCAUUAUUAGAAGAUGCUUUAAUGGAUAGAGAUUUAGUGCAUCGGCAAACUGCAUGUGCUGCAAUCAAGCACAUGGCUCUUGGAGUUUAUGGAUUUGGUUGUGAAGAUGCUCUUAUUCAUCUGUUAAAUCAUGUAUGGCCCAAUGUAUUCGAAACUUCGCCUCAUCUUGUACAAGCUUUUAUGGAUGCUGUUGAUGGUCUUAGGGUAGCAUUAGGUCCUAUCAAGAUUCUUCAAUAUACAUUACAAGGAUUAUUUCAUCCAGCUAGGAAAGUCCGUGAUGUUUACUGGAAAAUUUAUAACUCAUUGUACAUUGGUGGACAAGAUGCUCUAGUAGCUGGCUAUCCACGUAUCAUGAAUGAUCCAAAGAACCAGUAUAUAAGAUAUGAACUAGACUAUGUUCUAUAAAAAACCAACAUUCAUUUAGUUCAUCUUCAAACUUUCUGGAGUAUUGAAAUUUUAUCACAAUAGACUCGUAAUGAAGAAAGUUUAUUUCUUGGUCGAAUUUAUUUCUACAUUUAUAAUUAUAGGUCUUGAAAUCAUUAAAUAAUUAUAAAAAAGUGAAGAAUAUUUUUUUUUGGAUCGAAACUUUUUUUGGACAAAAAUUAAACACAUAACAUUGAAGUUGUAUAGAGUUUGACUUUAUUAAAGAGUGGUUUUAAGGUAUGUAUUUUACAUUUGAAGAAUGAAA